CAAGGCUCCGCCCAUGGCCCUCCCCCACCUCCCACCUGUGUGCACUGGGCAGCCCCUGCAGAGGGUUUUCACAGGAUGGACACCCCAUCAGGGGUGGAACCAGGUACAGCCACGUAGUCAUAGUCCUGGAAUGAAUCAGGACCUGCAUAAAACAGGGGUCCCGUGUAUAAAACGGGUCUUACCCUGAAUUGGAAGGGAGAACAUUGUGUUCUUUUAUUCCAGAAGCAUGGUUUGGGCAUCUGUUCAGGCCCUAGAAUUCUCACUGAAAUUCUGAAAUGGAGAUGUUAAAGGAUUUGCACCCCCAUCAACCCCAAAAUAAACAUUACUGUCCUCAUUUUUCAGAUAAGGAGGCAGGUUCUAAGAGGAGCCAGUGGUGACAGCGGGGGCCAUGUGAGUCGGAUCCUGAAUGAGGCUUUAUCUCUGGCGCUUCAUCCCAUCGUCCACCGUGGCACCAGCUUCCCCAGCCAGCCGGGAUGGGACAGGCAACUGAGAGAGCCAGAGCCAGAGAGGUGAUGGUGAUCAUACCCUGGACCGUGAGAGAAGCGGGACUCUGGGCCUCUAGAUGCCAAGCAGGUGGAGGGGGCUCCAGGCUCUGAUCUGCACUCUGUAACCUCCGACACUGACCUCUGUCCUCCGCCCUGGCCCCUACCAUGUCUGAAAGAGAGGCUCAAGCCCCGCCGGGCCAGGGGCUGCCCCCAGACAUGCUGGCAGAGCAGGUAGAGCUGUGGUGGUCCCAGCAGCCACGGCGCUCAGUGCUCUGCUUCACCGUGGCCGUGGGCCUUGUGGCAGGCUGUGGGGCAGGUGGCGUGGCACUGCUCUCCUCCACCAGCAGCCGCUCAGGUGAGUGGCGGCUGGCAACGGGCACUGUGCUCUGCCUGCUGGCCCUGCUGGUUCUGGCUAAGCAGCUGAUGAGCUCAGCUGUGCAGGACAUGAACUGCAUACGCCAGCCCCACCACGUGGCCCUGCUGCGCAGUGGCGGGGGUGCCGAUGCCCUUGUGGUGCUGCUCAGUGGCCUGGUGGUGCUGGUCACCGGCCUGACAUUGGCUGGGCUGGCUGCCGCCCCUGGCCCCACCCGGCCCCUGUCCACCAUGCUGUCCGUCGGCAUUGCCCUGGCUGCCUCCGGCUUGCUUUUGCUGCUGGGCUUACUGCUGUAUCAGGUGGGCGUGAGUGGAUACUGCCCCCCGAUCUGCGCAGCCACCCCCUCCACCCACAGGCACCACAGUGGCAAUGGCAGUGUCUUCAGUGUCUCAGGACAGUUGUCUGCUGGCCAGCGUCAUGAGACCACAUCCAGCAUCGCCAGCCUCAUCUGACUGAGCCGGAGCCCGCCCUUCCCGCUGCCUCCACAGCCACAGACCUGUGCAGGAUGUGAGCGUGUGAAUGAGUGAGUGAGCAUGAAGGGGAGUGGAGGCGAGUGUGUUCCCAGCACUGCCCAGCCCCUCAGAGGGGUUAUGUGAUGUGUGACGAAGAGCCAGUGCAUAACCACACGUCCACGCGGGAGGGUGAGUGUGUGUAAGUGUGUGUCUGCUUGGAACUGGGUGUUUAUGUCCACGGAACUGUCAGAGCCUGCCUGUCCAUAUCGGGUGUCUAGGCAGAGGCGUGUCUGGGAUCCCUGAAGAUUCUUGGCCCCUGUGCCCAGUACUCCACCAAUCCAACCUGCCCAAUGAUACCCCCCAGGGACCCUCCAGGGGUGAGUGCUGCCCACCCAGAGAUUGCGCCCAUGAGCACUCACUGAGGAGAGUGGCUGGUGGUGAAGUGGGGAGCGCAUGGGCUCUGGACUAUGGCAGCCUGGACUGGAAUCCCCCUCUGCCACUCCCAGCUCGGGGUGGGCAGGUGACUUCACCUCUCGGAGCCUCAGUUUCUUGAGUCAUGGUGGUGGUCGUGGUCAUCGGUUAUGAGGAUCAAGUGACUGUACGGAAGGACUGGGCACAUGGCAGAUGUGCAAUAAAAGUGGUGGCUGCUCUAA